UGUGUGUGUUUCGUGUACUCCGUUUGCAGUAGUAAAUUUCCGUUUUGUUACGCUCUUUUGUGUGGAAGCUAUGUGUGGAAGUACCAACCGUAAUGCUCUCAGUAUUAUGUGACUUAUCGCGAGAUUACAGUUAUGUCAACGUCGUACGUGGCUACAGAAGACCCAAACAGUGUAAGAAGACUCCGCCAGGAAUGCAUCAGCAAAAUGCGGAGUCUACCGGUCAACACGUCAAAUACAGUCCCCGACGUUUGAAACUCUGAGUUUUGCACAUAAAGCUUGAGGAAGGCAGCAUGGCAGAUAUCGAGAACUCCUUUGAAUUUAGCUCAUCUUUGACCUGCACUUCGCUGCCUCCCCCACGGACCAGAAUCUUUAAAAUCAUCGUGAUCGGAGACUCUGGAGUUGGCAAGACUUGCCUCACCUAUAGAUUCUGUGCGGGCAAGUUUCCAGACAAGACUGAGGCCACUAUCGGGGUGGAUUUUCGGGAGAAGGUUAUUGAAAUAGACGGAGAGAAAAUCAAGGUCCAAUUGUGGGACACUGCAGGCCAGGAGCGCUUCCGAAAGAGUAUGGUGCAGCACUACUACCGCAACGUCCAUGCUGUGGUGUUUGUCUACGAUGUCACCAAUGCCGCUAGUUUCCGAAGCCUUCCGGCAUGGAUCGAGGAGUGCCGUCAGCAUGCCCUGGGUCAAGAGGUGCCCAGAAUCUUGGUUGGCAACAAAUGCGACCUGCGCCACGCUGCUCAAGUAAGCACAGACGUAGCGCAGCAGUUCGCCGAUGCACACUCAAUGCCUCUGUUCGAGACCUCUGCCAAGAACCCCUAUGGAAACGACAACGGUGGUCGGAAUAAUAGUGACCACGUGGAAGCCAUUUUUAUGACGGUAGCGCACAAGCUGAAAUCUCAGAAGCCGCUGGUGUUAAGUCAACUACCGUGCAGAUCAGGAGAUACUGUCACUCUCAGGAGGCAGGACGAGGAGGACAGGGGAACAUGGGGCUGCGGUUGUUGAAUGAGCUAAUGAAGGAGUCACCACUUUACAGGAUGGAGGUGACAAAGGUAAAGCACCUUUUAAAGAAGCAGAUUCAGAGGUGCUUUUGUGUCAUCUGUGAAGGUCCAGGUCAAGGGUUGAGGACACAGGAGCAUCUAUUCUCAAGAUUUCUUUUUGUAUCUGAUGUGCAGAAUCUGGCCAUUAUUUUAAAGGGAAAAAACAUUCGUCCAUCACUCAAACCAGAGGCUUUGAGAAGUUGCAUGUAGGCCCAUCUGCCUUACAUAUACAGUACAAGCUUCAUCCGUUGUGUCAGUCUGUCUAGUUCAUAUCAUAUGCCACUGCCAAACACUCACUACAUUUGCCUACUAGUUUUAGCCAGUUAUGCAGGUCUGUAGGUGAAUUGAACGAUGAAAUCAUCGUACACAACGUUGCUUUUUUCAUCAUAUUUUAGAAACAAAAAUUUGCCACAAUUAGAUAAACUGUUCUGUUAAAUCACUUCAGCCUCCCAGGUGAAUCUGGUUUA